AAAAGAUAUGGAUAUUAAUAUAAAAAACCGUAAAUAUACCUUUAACUUUUCCUUCUCAACUUCAAAUCGAAGCUCAGUGUAGUAAAGUACAUAAAAAGUGGUUGAGGAAAUAAAUCAUUCCAUCGACAGGCGAUCAAAAAAAACUUGAAUAUCUAGAAACAAUUACUUUAAAUUGCAUAUUAAUUAAAUGAAGUGUUAGUUUUCGCACAUUUAUGAUCGACAAGACAAUUGCGCUCAUCACUGAGGGUCUUACUAAAGUGACGAAUGUACUUGCUGUAGUCUUUGGCACUUGAGAUGACAGCACUGCAUUAUUUAUAGCUUUUAAAUAACUUAUAAUUUAUACAAAAUAUCCAUAUUCGAUUCGUUGCAAAAUAAUGGGGUAUUAGUCACAGUGGUAGCAAUAAAUGGAAUUCAAAAUGAUGCUGAAUGACAGUUGCAGCACAGCGGUUGCAUACAGACCGAGUCUUUGAAAUGCUGCGUCAAUCCGAACAUUUGCAAUGUCGCCGAAGGCAAGCGUUUGCCAUUUUCAGCUUUAUUGUCAUCUUCUACAUUGAUUUUUCUUGUGCCGACAACCCAAACAACAAUGCUGAAGAUACUGCAAAUCCAGUCACUGCUGCCCUCCACAGGCUGAUUAUGGCUCCUUUGAAGCUUGUCACCAUGAUUCUUAAAGAACAUGGACAAACGGAUUUAGAUAAUUUAGAGAACUUGAUUAACGCCGCAAAUCAGAAAAGCCCUGAAAUACCUGUAGUUUCCGACAAUAAUGGUGGCGCUGUGCAAUCUGAUGAUGUCCAAUCGGAUAGUGUGCCAUAUCAAUAUAUGCAAAGUCAUCUUGCUACUAGAAGGAUAGGUAAUUUUUAUCGAUUUGGUGGCAGUGGUUGAGGUAUUUCGAAGGAGAUCUGAAAUCAUAGCACUAUUCAAAUAAAUUUAACGCUUUAAAUAAAUUAAUAAUU